AAAGUUAAAAAGUUUUUCAGUUGUUCUGGUUUCCUUCAUUUAGGUAUCAGCAAUGUGAAAUUUAGGGUCGGCAUUAAGAAGAACAAACAUUUUUCUAAAUUUUCCAGUAACAAUCUGUUGUUUCUCUUCUUGAACUAGAGAUCAACAAUGUGGUUUUGGAAGGCAGUAACGCUACUUUUGUGCAUUGUGUCCGCGGCGCACAUCGUGUGCUGCUAUCUUUGUACGCAUCAGAUAUAUUGUCAAGGUAGACUGCUGCAUGAAGUACAAAUGAAUUCUCUCUUUCCGGACUCGAAGACUUUUGUUGACAUGAAAUUAAGGAUGUCGGACGCAGAGACGACAAAAAACUUCGACCUCCUUUUAAAUAAAACGGGUGGAGCAAGUCCUAGUAGACCAGAACUCGAGCAGUUCGUCAAGGACCAUUUUGAGCCGGUUGCUAGCGAGUUCGAAAAGUGGAAUCCACCUGACUGGAAGCCUUCGCCCGUUUUUCUGAAGAAGAUAAAGGAUCCGCGACUGUGGGAAUUCGCCAAGAAACUGAAUGGAAUCUGGAAAUUUCUUGGACGACGCAUAACUGAUUUGGUGCGCGAGAAUCAGGAGCUGUACUCCAUCAUUUAUAUGCCCUACGGUGUGAUAAUUCCAGGAGGCCGCUUCCGAGAAAUAUAUUAUUGGGACUCAUACUGGAUUAUCCGUGGACUGCUCAAGUGUGAAAUGUAUUAUACAGCUAGGGGCAUCCUGGCCAACUUCCUGCUAAUGGUUCGUCAGUUUGGACUCGUACCUAAUGGCGGUCGUAUCUAUUAUACCGGGCGCUCGCAGCCACCAUUAUUGCUGCCAAUGGUGAAAAGCUAUAUGGAUGCCACCAACGACAUUGACUUUCUACGUGAACACCUAGAUACACUUGAGAAGGAAUAUUCAUUUUGGAUUGGGAACCGCACUGUAACUGUCACCAAAGGAGGCAAGAAAUACCGUAUGGCGAGGUACUUUGAUGAUACCCCUGGGCCACGCCCUGAAUCUUACCGUGAAGAUAUCCACUCGGGACAGACCUUUCAUACUGAACAAGAAAAAAUGUCAUUUUAUUCAGAGAUCAAGGCAGCAGCUGAAUCUGGUCUUGAUUUUACUAGCCGUUGGUUUAUCAAGCAAGGUGCCAACAAAGGUGUGCUGACAGAUACAAAGACACGCUAUAUAAUUCCUGUUGACUUGAAUGCCAUAAUGUAUUGGAAUGCAUUCAUACUUUCACGAUUCAGCAAGGAAAUGGGAUUGAUUAAGAAAGCAAGUUACUACUCUAACAUGGCACGUGACUGGCUUGAAGCAGUGGACAAGGUGCUUUGGCAUGAAGAUUUAGGUAUUUGGCUUGAUUAUGAUAUCUUGAAUCAGAAGCGGCGGGAAUAUUUCUGUACCACAAAUUUGACACCACUAUGGGCUGGCUGUUUCUACAAAGAUCGUGCAGAAGAGCUUGCUGAGAGGAUUGUAAAUUAUGUGGAUUCAUACAAAAUUGUUAAAUAUCCUGGAGGAAUCCCAACAACCUUAGAGCAAACGGGACAACAAUGGGAUUUUCCUAAUGCAUGGCCCCCACAUCAAGACCUUGUCAUCUCUGCCCUUGAAGCUACAAAUGACCCAAGAGCCCUGAGAAUGGCUCGGGAAUGGGCUCUCCGCUGGGUUUAUAAUAACUACCGUGCCUGGGUUGACACAAAAACAUCGCCGGUGAGCGAACACUUGUGGCUACCAGAACGAGGUCACCCCUGGUGGGAGCGCUACCAGCCAGUGUCGUAUCACAUUGCAUCACGCUCUGGAGAUCGUGCGGAAUUCCAGGAGAUGGUGCGGCGCUGCAAUGUUGCUGGAAUCAGUAUUUACGUUGAUGCAGUUCUGAAUCAUAUGACUGCAGUGUGGGGAAACAUAACAGGAUCUGGAGGUUCAUUUGCUGACACAGAAGCUCGAAAGUACCCUGCUGUGCCGUAUGACACAAGUAAUUUUCAUGAACCAUGUAACAUGACCUUGGCAGACUAUGGAGAAAAUGCUAAGCCUAUUCGAAUGUGUCGCCUCAGUGGAAUGCAUGAUUUGGACCAUCGACAACCAUAUGUUAGACAGAUGAUUGUGGCUUUUCUUAAUAAACUUAUUGAUGAUGGAGUAGCCGGUUUCAGAAUUGAUGCUGCAAAACAUAUUUGGCCAACUGACUUGGCAUUGAUACUUGACAAACUGAAGAACCUGAAUACAGAACAUGGAUUUCCUGAAAGACAGAAGCCAUUCAUAUAUCAGGAGGUUAUUGAUCUCAGUGCACCAUUGUACCGUGGCUGGGAAUCUGUAAAGAAAACAGAGUACAUCAGCCUUGGAAGAGUGACAGAGUUCAAGUACGGAGGAGAAAUAAGCAAAACAUUUAGAAGACAGAAUGCACUGAAGUGGUACAAGACAUUUGGUCCAAAAUGGUCAUUACUGGACAGUGAGGAUGCUAUUGUGUUUAUUGACAACCACGACAACCAGCGUGGCCAUGGUGGAGGGGGCGCUACCAUCCUCACCCACAAGUCACGACAACUAUACACAAUGGCAGUUGGGUUUAUGCUGGCAUGGCCCUAUGGCAUUCCCCGUGUGAUGUCCAGCUACAACUUCACAGAUUCAGACGAGGGUCCGCCUUCGGACCCCUCAGGAGAGAUACGGACCGUGGCGUGGGACGCCCACGGCCAGUGCACUGGCGGCUGGGUGUGCGAGCAUCGCUGGCCCGUCAUCCGGGGCAUGGCGCAGUUCCGCAGCGCCGUCCUGGGAACAAAUGUGACCAACUGGUGGGAUAAUGGACAAUAUCAAAUAGCAUUCUGUCGUGGAGAUAGAGGCUUCGUUGUGUUCAACAACGAGCUAACGAACAUGAAUGCAUCAUUACAGACGUGUCUUCCAGCGGGAACCUACUGCGACGUGGUCUCCGGUGGCGGGACAUGCUCCGGUGAGACACUAAAAGUCACAGCAAACGGCUCCGUGCGAGUACAGCUACAACCGCACAGUUUCCUAGCUAUACACGUCGAUUUAACGCUGUGACUUGGAAUUAAUGAAGUGCAGCAGUAUAAUGACGUUCUUUUGUAUCAGCGCCAGUACGAGAAGAUAGGAAGAAGUGUUACAUUUUAAAUAUAUUACUGUAACUACAUAAUUCAGUGUUCUGAAUGUUACCCUGCUUGUGAAAUAAAAUAAAUGUUUAUCCAAACUUUUAGAAA